AUUUGCUGCCUGCUUGUUUUAUUUUCCUAUCCUUUUCUACGAUCGAGUUGCGAGGGCGACAAGUGCUAGCCUCACCGCAUGGGCCCUACCGCCUACCCUACCUGCCCGUACCAGACAUGUCCCAAAAUGACAUUCCCACAGGGAGAAAUUGCAAGGCCGCAGCAGCGAGAGGUCGCCCCCAAAUUUGAAUGGAAUCCCACGCAGAGCAGCGGCAAGGAGCAGCGGAACAGCGCCGCCGCCCUCCCAGGGCAGCAGGGAGGGGGGCCAGCCCGGCCAGGUCGGGCUACCGUGCGUGGAUAGGGGCACCCCAGGCGCUCUGUUGGACCAGGCCAGCGGCCGGGGAUGGAUGGAUGGGG